AUGUUGAAAGAUGAAGAAGUUGAAGAAAAGUUUGAAAAGGUAGAAGAGAUGGAGCAGGUUCUUGAUCCCGAAAAUGUGGUUGUGGUUAAGGAGAAUCCUAAGGUGGGACCAAAUGUGCUAGAAGAAGACCCAAAGGAAGCCAUGAUUUUGGGAAGUGUUGAUGGUCCUAAUGCUUAUGGGGAUAUAGGAAGAUGGACUUUGUUCCACAAAUUUAAGCCAGGGUUAGGGUUGAACUCAGCAAAGGGAGGAAUUGAUACGAAUUUGGAUUGCCAAUCUCCAAGUUCAAGUUCCAAUCCAACUACGAUUGAUUGUGAUUGGCAAAGGAGGCGGGAUAAGAAGGAUCAGAAGCUUUUGGAAGACGAUUCUCCAACAGAAACUUCAGUUUGCAUUACAAUAGGUUGCGACUAG